UCAGUAUCUUUCAUUUCCCAAAAUGCCCCCGGAAACCAGAAGAAGCGCAUUCCCGAAGGUGGUGAUUGAACGCGACACCGACUCCGAGCAAAGCUCGUCGGAGGAAGAGGAAGAGGAAGAAGAAGAAGAAGAAGAAGACGACGACGAGCCGGCGGUGUUGGCGGAGAGCGAGAGUGAAGAGAAAGUUGAGGAGCACAAGACUAAGAACAAAGGGAAAGCACCCAUUACUAUUUCACUCAAGAAAGUUUGCAAGGUUUGUAAGAAGCCUGGACAUGAGGCUGGGUUUAAGGGGGCUACCUAUAUUGAUUGCCCAAUGAAACCUUGCUUUCUUUGCAAAAUGCCUGGCCACACUACAGUGACAUGCCCACAUCGAGUAGCUACCGAGUUUGGGGUCAUACCAGCUGCACGUAAAAGUACUCGAAAUGCAUUGGAGUAUGCGUUCGAACGACAGAUUAGACCUCGGAUUCAUCCAAUCAAGCCAGCAUACGUGAUCCCUGAUCAAGUAAAUUGUGCGGUUAUCAGAUAUCACAGUAGACGGGUAACUUGCUUGGAAUUCCAUCCUACAAACAAUAAUAUCCUUUUGUCCGGAGAUAAGAAAGGACAGCUUGGAGUUUGGGAUUUUCGCAAAGUAUAUGAAAAGGUUGUUUAUGGAAAUGUACAUUCAUGUAUACUCAACAAUAUGAAGUUUAGCCCUGCAAGUGACGGUACAGUAUAUGCUGCAUCCUCAGAUGGCACCGUUAGUUGCACUGAUGUCGAAACUGGAAUUGCAUUGUCUCUGAUGAACCUUAACCCUGGGGGUUGGCAGGGUCCAAGCACCUGGAGAAUGUUGUAUGGCAUGGAUAUGAAUGCAGAGAAACGUGCCGUGCUUGUUGCUGAUAACUUCGGUUACCUCUACUUGGUUGAUACUCGGUCAAAUAACAGAACUGGGAAUCCGAUCUUGAUUCAUAAGAAAGGUAGCAAAGUUGUUGGACUCCACUGCAAUCCAGUUCAACCAGACCUUCUCUUGAGUUGUGGAAAUGAUCAUUUUGCUCGCAUAUGGGAUAUCCGUCGAAUUGAAGAUGGUUCCGCCAUUUAUGACCUAGCACACAGCCGUGUUGUUAACUCUGCAUACUUUUCUCCAAUAUCUGGGAGUAAAAUUCUCACCACUUCACAGGAUAACCGUCUUUGUAUAUGGGAUUCCAUAUUUGGCAAUAUGGAUUUGCCAAGCCGAGAGAUUGUUCACAGUCAUGAUUUUAAUCGCUACCUGACUCCCUUCCGAGCGGAAUGGGAUCCAAAGGACUCGUCAGAGUCCCUCACAGUUAUUGGUCGUUAUAUAAGUGAAAACUAUAAUGGGGCCGCUCUUCAUCCGAUUGAUUUCAUAGACAUCAGCACAGGGCAACUAGUUGCCGAGAUCAUGGAUCCCAACAUUACUACAAUCAGUCCAGUGAACAAGCUGCAUCCACGUGAUGAUGUUUUGGCAUCUGGUAGCUCGAGGUCACUUUUCAUUUGGCGACCAAAGGAAAAGUCUGAGCCUGUGGAACAAAUUGAUGUAGGGAAGAUUCUUGUUUGUGACAGAGAUGAGAAAAAGAGCAGAAAACGGAAGUUUGGGGGUGAAAGUGAUGAUUCUGAUGAUGACAAGUCCAUCCCUAAGGGCAAGGGGUUCAAGUCCCAGAAGAAAUCGCAAGGCUCAGGACAGAUGGGUGUAGGGAGGAUUCUUGUUUGUGACAGAGAUGAGAAAAAGAGCAGAAAACGGAAGUUUGGGGAUGAAAAUGAUGAUUCUGAUGAUGACAAGCCCAUUUCUAAGGGCAAGUGGUACAAGUCCCAGAAGAAAUAACAGCAAAUUUAAUCUGUCUGCUAAGGUAAGACACUGAUCUAAACGAAGAAACUGAAAUUUGAGGGUCUGAGACACUCCUGUGGGGAAGUUUUGAGGUUCUUCAUCUGCCAAACCUGUACAGAAAAAUCGAGUCUCUGCCCCUCUUUUAUCACAUAGGGCAAGAGCUUUUUGACCUAGCGUGACCUACCACCAACGCUUAGGUUAACAUCUCAUUCCUUUUGUAAGCACCUUCUGCGGCGGUUUUUAGGAUCUUUGGAAUGUAUCAUGAGCUGUGCUGCAGUUGGUUGCCGUGUGCAGGGCUGCACAAGCGUGCAUGCAUGUAUCAAUGGAAGUUGCCUAGACAGUCACUUGCAAACUUAGUAUUAUGGGCUGUAUAAUAGUAGCGUGUGUAUUUGUAGUG